CAACGUCGAAAAAGGGCCAAUCAGAUUGCAAAACCGCAGGGCGACACGUGUAUUGUCCCUUGGGCUACGAAUUCAUCAAAUUGUCUUAUCUCCGAAUUGCCACGUUGAACAAUAGCCGUAUAUAUCCGUUUAUACACCUGUCAUCACAUCCUUUCCGAAACCCUCACAAGAUGGCGAAUUUAACGUUCCUAUGCAUUGCAAGCUUUUUAGUUGUCCUCGUUGCUACAGAGGAAGGGGAACUGAAAAUAGAUGUUUUGAAGACUGUAGAUGAUUGCCAAAAGAAAAGCAAGCGACUGGAUAUGCUUAGCAUGCAUUACGUAGGGACAUUAGAAGAUGGCUCCAAAUUUGACUCCAGUGCUGACCAUGGACAGCCUUUUUCUUUCCAACUGGGUAUUGGACAGGUCAUAAAAGGUUGGGACCAGGGGCUGCUGGACAUGUGUAUCGGAGAAAAGAGAAAGCUGACCAUUCCCUCUCACCUCGGGUAUGGUGACCAGGGAGCAGGAGAGAAAAUCCCCCCAAAGGCCACCCUUAUUUUCGAGGUAGAACUUCUAGAUAUUCAAGAUGGACCUAAACCUGAGAACAUCUUUAAAAAGAUUGACACAGAUGAAGACAACAGGCUCUCUAGGGAAGAGAUUUCGGCACAUCUUGUGGAUUUAUCCCGUCAAACCUAUGGAUUUCCAGUGGACAAUAAAAGUGAAGAACACAUUAAGGUGGUGGAUGGUAUUUUUUACUGGGAAGAUUCUAACAAGGAUGGGUUUAUAACUCAUGCCGAAUUCACAGGACCAAAGCACGACGAACUUUGAUAUUCCAAAUAUUUUAUUUUUAUGGAAUUUGUCAUAUACUUCCCAGCUGCCCAUUUAUGUCAUACCAAAUUCAUUCCACCAUUAUUAUUAUUAUUAUUAUUGCAUUUGUUUUUAUUUAUUUUAUAUAAAUAUUAGAUGAAACAUGUUGUUUUAUUAAAAAAAAAAUUCAAUUAUUUUUAAUUCAGUUGUAUUGAAUUCUGGUUAUCUAAUUUUCUUAAGAUUCCUUUGCCAAAAAUUAACUAAGAUAUCAAAGACGCCUGCAUUCACUUUAAUCAUGGUUUUGUUCACACUUUAAUUCUUUCAGAGAAUAUUUAAAAUUAUUUUAUUAGUACAUGUACACUAAUUUAUCAAAUUUUAUUGAUUGUUAAGAGAAAGAUGGAAUUUUCUUCAAGCAAAGACUAAAUUUAAUGGUAUGACUGAGCAUGUUUUGUAAACAAGUCAUAUUUGUAAUAAGUCAGUGUGCUUUAUUUUAGAAGUGCUUGUUAAUAUGUGUUGAAUGUUUGUAAGAGUUAUUAAAAGACAAUAACAACUUGUAAA